AAGAGCUUGCACUGAAGAAAACAAAUUCUCCACCAGAGGGGCUCUCCGGUCUCGUUGAAUUGCUUGUAGAAGGGAUAACUGUAUUUCAAGAAGGAAUAAUUUUCGCAAUAGUUCAUAAAAUGCAUACAGUGGUGGACCUUAUGGCCGAAAAAAAAGGCGAAGAAGUUCGAAAAAGGAACAAAGAAAUACCCUCAUGGGCACCUGGAGGAGCUGAUUACGAUCCAAACCUUCCUUAUGGGCCUAAAGUUUACGUGGCAAGACGAAAAAAACCGGAUCCGUGGUGGGUAACAGCUAUUGAGGUUACAGUGGUAGUUGGUGUUCUGCUCUUCUUUGUGUACAUGUAUUAUUAUAUGGAUCAUCUGCAUUUUCAUGUGCUGAACGCCUAUGCCAACGUUGGAGUCUCACACGCACAGCAUCAUGUAGCACACAAAUACCUCAAUGGGCGUGGAGUAUCAAAGGAUGAAAAGAUGGCCUUUUACUGGUUCAGAGAAGCUGCAAAGAACGGACAUGGCCAUGGAGCUUACAAUCUGGUGGCUGGACACUUGCAAGGAUAUGAUACAGAUGUAGAAGAACAUGAGGUGGAACCCCUUCUUAAAAUGGCAGCAGAUAAUGGUGUAGAGGAAGCCAAAAAAGCUCUCAAGGACUUGUAUCCACAUAGAUACACAUGACCCAUUAAACUGGCUCUCGGUUUGGUUUCAUGAUGCCUUUCUUACACCUUGAAGAGUAUGUUAUACUGUAUUUGAUCUCUUGUUUAUAGGGUUAUUCAGUAAAUUUUGUUUGUUCAAUUGCAAGUUUUGUUGGUGUGAAAUGCAUGUCAAGAAAUAGAAGUUGAGAAACCAGAUGUACCUCUCCCCCUCCUCUCCCUCAAAUGAGUUUUUUUUCUUGCCAGCAAUUCUUCUAAGACUAUCCAUUGUACAUGUUACAUAGUGUAUCACCAACUUAGAAAAAGGAAUUAAGCAGUUCAUAUUGUUUUGGUUAGGUGUAU